UCCAUUUUCUUUCUAACUCAUUGUAAGAGUUCCUCUGGCGGUAGGGUUGAAGCAUGGAGGCCAAACCUGCCUAUGAGAGGACUCUGGAAGAGUCCCAUCUCUUCGAGCAUCUUCCGAAUGAGGUCGCGGAACUCAUUCGCACAUCUUCCGGGACUCAAUACCUGAAUGCGCUCGCGGUUGGUGCAUUGCGAUCAAAAUGCACCGAAGGCUUUUUCUGCCUAUAUGAGCCGAUCUUUGUGGAUCUGACAGCACGAUGGCUCGCUUCAGACUUUCAUAACAAUCAUGUCGAUAUAAUUUCCGCAUUUUCACGAAUCCUGCCGUUUGCGCCUUUUCUUGCUUCUUUCGCAAGCCAAUAUGCUAGUUCUUGGGCUGGACCUCUAUCAGCUUUGGCUGCAUCCGACGAGGCAACGCUUUUACAAUUAGACGAUACCACUAUUCGCACUUUAUUACUGUCGGUUCUAAGACUUCUCUCAUAUGAUUUAGAGACUUUCUCCAGUACCACAUCGCCGUCUCGACUCCAAUCCCUCUUCCAACAUCCAGACCCAUCCAUACGGUAUCUUGCGAUUCGAUGCUUUGCCUUGUAUAUGCGUGCAGCCGAUGCUGCUACGGAGAAAAUGAUUCAGAAUUAUGUCGGAGCCGAUGUUAUUGAAGGAGAAUGGGAGGGUAUCGUAAUCGACUAUCGCUGCCUCGGUUUGUGGGAAGAGCGUCGUUGGGGUACUCUGGAGAAGCAGGUACAGCUUGCACGGUCAGGCCGGUCGAUCGAAGACAGACUGUCACAAGUUGAGAAGCUUCGGGAAUAUUUUACCGCUCGAACCGCUGAAGUAUGCGGCAUUCUUAUUCCACGACUAAAUGGGAUGUCGACCCCAGCAUCUUCGAUUGUAAAGGCACCCACCGCCGUGAGGAAUCUUCGCAAGAUUGCAACAGCCCUAACUGCCUCAAAUCCUCUUCUAAUAGUUGGGUUACCGAAUUCAGGAAAGACUACUUUGGUCAAUGAUAUUGCUGUAACCGUGGGUCAAUCUGAGUCUAUGGUCACCCUUCAUCUAAACGAGCAAACUGAUGCCAAAAGCCUUCUUGGGAUGUACUCAACGUCUCCUGCCACAGGAUCUUUUGCAUGGCAACCGGGUGUAUUAACUAAAGCAGCUAGGGAAGGUCGAUGGAUUCUGAUCGAGGACCUAGACCGUGCACCUUCUGAAGUUAUUGGUCUUAUCUUACCUAUCAUUGAAAAAGGAGAAUUGACUAUAGCAAGUAGAAAAGAGCGGAUCAAAUGUGCUGAUGGAUUCAAGAUCAUUGCAACCAUGAAAUCUUCAUAUAACAUCGCAGGUGAAGAGAUCGCCCCAAGCACAACAAUCCUAGGAAGCAGAUUGUGGCAAAGGGUGCACAUUGAGCCGCUUUCAAUCCAAGAGAUUCAAGAGGUCAUCGCACAAAAGUUCCCACUGCUCGAAUCUCGGGUGCCGACUAUAAUGGAUGUAUAUCAAAGGCUUUGCUCUUCCUUCCAUGGAAGCCUCGCGAUCAAGAGCUCUCAGGGCCGGACUCCUGGUCUUCGUGACCUUAUCAAGCUCUGUAGCCGAAUCCAUAGGCGACUGCAGCGUCUAGGAGCUAAGACUGGCUAUGAAGCUAUGCCUGAAGGUGCUGAAGAUGAAAUCCUAUUGGAUGUUGUGGAUGUAUUCCUUAGCUACAUCCCAGAGAAAUCAUUGGCAGAGUCACUUGCCCUUGUGGCCGCGGAAGCGCUCCAGAUAUCGCCACAGCGAGCGCAGUUUUCCCUGGGUGAACGAGUUCCUGCAUAUUCCGAUCAGGGUAAUAACAUAAUGCUCGGUAGAGAAGUCUGCCGAAAAAUCAAGGUACCUGGCGGGUCAGUUAUUAAACAAUCCUCCUCAUCGACUCGCUUUGCUUCCACAAGAGCUGCUUUGAAGCUUAUGGAACAGGCUGCAGCUGCUAUACAGAUGGCAGAACCUAUCCUACUUGUUGGAGAGACUGGUAUCGGAAAGACGACUGUAAUCCAACAGCUUGCCACGCUAAUGCGCCAGAAACUCACAGUAGUGAACUUGUCGCAGCAAAGCGAAAGCAGCGAUCUACUAGGUGGCUUCAAGCCUGUCAAUAUUCGCACAAUGGCUGUUCCAAUGCUUGACGAAUUCAAUACUGUGUUUGAGUUGACGUUUUCAGCCAAGAAGAACCAGAAGUUUCUGUCAUCCGUUGCGAAAAGCGUUGCUGCAGGAAACUGGGUACGGCUAGUAAAUCUUUGGCAUGAAGCUGUUCGGUUAGCCGAUGGUGUCUUCAAAUCCAGUAACGGUCCCACCCAAGGAAAUGAGGAACAACCCACGAAGAAAAGAAAGCUAGACUCGCCCAAGUAUCAGCACUUGCGGCAGCGAUGGGAAAGAUUUGCGGGACAAUUGAAUGAUUUUGAGGCCCAGGUAGCUCAGGGCGAUGCCAAGUUCGCCUUCGCUUUUGUCCAGGGAAAGAUUGUCAGGGCGUUAAGAAAUGGCGAAUGGGUCCUCCUUGACGAGAUUAAUCUGGCCUCACCUGAUACCCUCGAAAACAUUGCUAGCCUCCUACAUCACGGUACUGAAGGUUCACCGUCUGUUCUGCUCUCGGAGGCUGGAGAUGUGGAAAGGGUAUUCGGGCAUCCAGAUUUUCGCAUUUUUGGCGCUAUGAACCCUGCUACAGAUGCAGGAAAGAAAGACCUCCCUCCCGGUCUUCGCUCCCGGUUCACUGAAGUCUAUGUACACUCUCCAGAUACUGACCGGGACGAUCUACUUGCUCUGAUUCAGAAAUAUCUUGGUGACCUGACUUUAGGCGACAUGAGGAUCGCGCCAGAUCUCUCACAGCUAUAUUUGGAAACGAAGAAGCUCAGCAAUGAGAACAAGCUCACGGAUGGGGCUGGACAACGGCCACAUUUUAGUAUAAGAACUCUUGUUCGUGCUCUUAUCUAUGUCAAUGACCACGCGCAUGUCUAUGGUUUACGCCGAGCGGUUUUUGAAGGAUUCUCCAUGAGUUUUUUAACUGUCUUGAGCCAAGAAUCAGAGAGGCUGCUUAUGCCGCUCCUUGAGAGACACCUCUUCAGCAAUACGAAGAACGCUAGAGCUCUUCUCGGCCAGACCCCUAAGCCCCCUACCGAUGGCUACGACUAUGUUCAGUUCAAGCAUUACUGGAUGCGACGUGGACAUUUAGUUCCCGAAGAGCAACCGCAUUACAUUAUAACACCCUUCAUAGAGAAAAAUCUGAAAAAUUUGGUUAGAGCUAGUUCCACGCGUCGGUUCCCUAUAUUGUUGCAGGGCCCAACCUCUGCUGGAAAAACAAGCAUGAUUGAAUACCUUGCGAAAGUCUCUGGCAACAAGUUUGUCCGUAUCAAUAACCACGAGCACACGGAUCUUCAAGAAUACCUAGGGUCUUAUGUGUCUAGUGAUGACGGCACUCUUCGCUACCAGGAGGGCAUUCUAGUGGAGGCACUUAGAAAUGGAUACUGGAUCGUUCUCGAUGAACUCAACCUGGCGCCUUCCGACGUCCUCGAAGCAAUGAACCGACUUCUAGACGAUAACCGCGAACUCUUCAUUCCAGAGACCCAGGAAGUUGUCCACCCACAUCCGAAUUUCAUGUUGUUUGCGACUCAAAAUCCUGCCGGUCUAUAUGGUGGUCGAAAAGUCUUGUCUCGCGCUUUUCGGAAUCGUUUCUUGGAGCUGCAUUUUGAUGAUAUUCCAGAGAGUGAACUGGAAUUUAUUCUCAAGGAACGCUCCCAAAUUGCUCCUUCGUUCUGUGCUAGAAUAGUGUCUGUCUACCGGAAGCUAUCUUUAUUGCGUCAAGCCAAUAGACUUUUUGAGCAGAAGAAUAGUUUCGCUACUCUACGUGAUCUGUUUAGAUGGGCUCUCCGUCGAGCAGAUGAUCGUGACCAGUUAGCGAUCAACGGUUUCAUGUUGCUUGCAGAGCGAGUUCGGAACCCACAGGAAAGGGCAGCUGUGAAAGGUGUAAUUGAAGAGGUCAUGAGAGUACGUAUAGAUGAAGAUGCGGUGUACAGCUCUUCGGAGCUGGAGAAGCGCGCUCCUUAUCUUCCAACAGAAGUCGUUUGGACGAAAGCAAUGAGGAGACUGUUCAUUUUGGUGUCCGUUGCACUUGAAAAUAACGAGCCAGUUCUACUCGUGGGAGAGACCGGGUGUGGAAAAACCCAACUUUGUCAAGCAGUCGCCGAAGCCUAUAAAAGACAAUUGCUCAUUGUAAAUGCCCAUGUGAACCUAGAGACAGGCGAUCUCAUUGGCGCUCAGCGACCUGUGAGGAAUAGGGCAGCCAUCGAGCAUCAGUUGAUGAGUGAUCUUCAAACGGUCCUUCAUGAAAACAGUGCUUCGCUAUCUUUAGAAGACAUGAGGCGGAUGUUUGGUACACUGAGUGCGGACCAAUUGCAAGCCUGCGAUGCCGAACUGAUUAGGAGAGUUGAAAGGAACAUUGUUCGUCUGAAUGCUCUUUUUGAAUGGUCAGAUGGAAGCCUUAUAACAGCGAUGAAGACUGGACAAUAUUUCCUCCUGGAUGAAAUAUCCCUUGCCGAUGACUCGGUAUUGGAGAGACUCAACAGUGUUCUUGAGCCUCAUAGAUCGAUCCUUCUGGCAGAAAAGGGGCCCAUCGACUCCAUGGUCGUUGCUGACCAUGGGUUCCAAUUUCUGUCGACAAUGAACCCUGGUGGUGACUACGGCAAACGCGAACUAUCCGCUGCUCUUCGGAAUCGAAUGACUGAAAUAUGGGCUCCCCAACUCUCUGAAGAUGAGGAUAUCCUUCCUAUUCUCCAGAGAAAGCUUGAGCUAAACUCGGAGCACAUCACCAAACCAAUGCUACAGUUCGCCAAGUGGUUCAAGUCGACCUUUCAAAAUUCCUCAACUACAUCUCUUUCCCUUCGUGAUCUCCUAGCCUGGGUCGACUUUGUGAACAAAUGCCAAGCUGUAGAUCCUCUAUUCGCAGUAGUGCAGGGUGCUGCUAUGGUGUUUAUAGAUACAUUGGGUGCGAACCCGGCGGCAAUGCUUGCGACAGCACUACACGAUCUUGAGGGGAACCGUCGGCUGUGCCUUGACAAGCUCCGUGAACUUUUCGACGUUGAUGCUUCAAGUAUUUAUUUGCAGAAGUCGAAAAUUGAAAUCGAAAACGGUUCUCUACGCGUAGGACCUUUUGCCCUUGCCAUGAACGGCAACACAGAUCCAGAUCCCCAAUUCAUAUUGGAUGCACCUACUACGAUUGCUAACUCGGUCAGAAUUGCUCGUGGUUUGCAAUUGUCGAAGCCUAUCCUGCUUGAAGGAAGCCCCGGUGUUGGCAAAACUACUCUCGUGACUGCCCUUGCCAAGGCACUGGGGAAACCUCUCACACGUAUCAACCUUUCGGAGCAAACAGACCUCACAGAUCUCUUUGGCUCUGAUGUCCCUGUGGAAGGUGGUGAUGUUGGCCAAUUCACUUGGCGAGAUGCUCCUUUCUUGCAAGCAAUGCAACGCGGUGACUGGGUCUUGUUAGAUGAGAUGAACUUGGCAUCACAGUCCGUGCUUGAGGGCUUGAAUGCUUGCUUGGAUCAUCGUCAAACAGUUUAUAUUGCUGAAUUAGACCAAUCCUUUAAGAGGCAUCCGGACUUUGUCCUAUUUGCUGCGCAGAACCCGCAUCACCAAGGUGGUGGCAGAAAGGGUCUGCCUGCCUCUUUCGUUAACAGAUUCACAGUCGUUUAUGCUGACAGCUUCACCGACACUGAUCUGAAAAGGAUAUGUGCCAAGCUUUUCCCUGGAAGCCCUUCUUCGCAGACGGACAAGCUAGUCGAUUUCGUGUCGUUGUUGAACAAGGCCAUCGUCCAAGAACGCCGAUUAGGGGCUGUGGGUGGCCCAUGGGAAGUCAAUCUACGAGACAUUCAAAGAUGGCUUCAACUUUCGGACCGUGGUACCUUACAGGUAUCAGCAAACAGCUUCCUUGAUGUGAUUAUAUCCCAAAGAUUCCGCUCUCAAGACGAUCGAGACUUGGUCAAUUCCUUGUACAAGCAAGUUUUCAGUGAGGUUCCGGCACCCAACAAGAGCCUCUACCAUAAUCUCACACCGGAAUACAUGCAAAUUGGUCUUGGAGUUAUGCAGAGAGAUCUGUACCUUCAACGUACCCAGGAACCACAGAUGAGGAUACUUCCAAGAGAUCUUAGCAUCCUCGAAUCCCUUAUGCUGUGUAUAGAGCAGUCGUGGCCUAGUAUUUUGGUGGGGCCGUCUGGAUGUGGGAAGACUACUCUGAUCAGGAAGCUCGCAGCCGUGAAUGGUGCAAGUUUGGUUGAGUUGGCUCUCAGUGCUGAUACAGAUACAAUGGAUCUGAUUGGUGGCUUUGAACAAAUCGACUAUAAAAGGGAGGUUUCGUCUCUCAUUCACGAUAUCUCGCAGUUUCUUCAGCAACAGGCCAUUUCUAUGAAUUCCUCCGAGACAGCACCACACGAAGCGAGAGCCUUACUGGAGAUCUUUGAGAAAUUACAGGGUCCGGAUAUCUCCCUGGAAGACAUUUGUACCUCCCUCACAAUGUUAAGCCAAACCUACCCACAAACUGCUUUCGUUGAUAUGCUUCUUCGAGCUCAGAAGCUUUUCCAGACAACAAAGCAGUCGGAUAAUAUGAAAGUUGGCUUUGAGUGGACAGAAGGUGUCCUAACUCAGGCUGUCCAGCACGGCUACUGGGUUAUCCUAGACAAUGCAAAUUUAUGCAAUCCAUCUGUACUUGACAGACUGAACUCCCUCACCGAACCAGAUGGAGCCCUCAUACUUAACGAGCAACGUACUGAAGAUGGAUCAGCCCGGAUCAUCACGCCGCAUCCCAACUUCAGACUUUUCCUAACAAUGGAUUCUCGUCAUGGGGAAUUAUCCCGCGCAAUGAGAAACCGUUGUGUUGAAGUAUGCUUUUUGUCACAAGAAGACGAGCCCGCAGUUAACACAUCUGUGCCUGCCUACACCUACGAAUCGUUCCUGUACCGCCUCCGGCCUCUUUGGAAUCUCGAUCCUUCGGCUAGUGCUGAAGAUGUUUCAAGACUUCUCUGUGAGGUCUGCUUGGAUCAUCUUUCAGUAAUGGACCUUGCCUAUUUGCAGCAGUCUCUCAAGUACUUCUUGCCGUAUCACGGCAAAUCAGUGGGUGAAGUGCUCUCAUCGGCGAUGAAUCGAUAUGUGUCUGUUAUCCAUGAAAACUCGAACUGGAAACCUCUCGAGUGUACUAGAAAGGCAAUUGAACUGGGCCGCGCUUCCUUGGCUGUCCAGAGCCAUUUGCAACCCCUUCAUCCUCUUGUGAAUGAACCGCUAGUCUCAUUAUUGAGUAAUGAGGUGCCGUAUAUUUCGUUGGCGAUCAUGGCACAUUUGCAAGAGUCCAAACUUGAUUUACAGCUUCUAAAGCAAGGCUUGUUACAAGCAGACGAGUCUGGCAAGCUAAUAAAACCAAGCCAAAUGAGCCGCCUAGAACGGUCCUUAGCAUCGGCACGGAUACCCUCGUUGAUGAAGGAUGCAACACAGCCAAUUGGCUCCUUCCUUUCAGACUGUGGACAGGCAAUUUAUGAUUUUAUACAAAACCUCGACCAGGAUGUUUUUCAAACUGCUCACAUAGCAAAUGCCGUUCGAGCUGUUCUCAACUUUUGCAUGGACCUCUUCCGGCUCACCGCGGCGAGGGAAGUCGAUGAAGGCGUGUUUCAGGUCUAUCUUCAGAUUGGUAGAGAGCUAUGUGCUUCAUUAUCGAGCUCUUUCGGGCCUCUCAAUAAAUUAGCUGUUACGUUGUCUCAAGCCCUGAGUCGAUUCCGAGAGAGUUGGGCUUUGACAACAGGUCUCAGUAUGCAGAAGCUCUGGGAGUCAUGGAGACCUGCAACCCCUGCAACUGAAACUCAACUGAAGUCGAUUUUAGACUUAGAGAGUGUGGCUUCUGAAUUCUCGAAUAUUGCAACAAAAACUCAUCUUGAUCUAUCCCAGUUGAGUCAAGUUCGCAAUUCUCUCAUCAGCGCCCAACAGUCCAUUAUCCUGCAUGGAGCUGAUGAAGGGCAGUUAGUAGAAGGCCUCAAACAAACCGUCAGCGAGUUGGCAAGCGUUGUACAACGCUCUGAUUCAACCGCGGCUCCCUACUUCUCCGACGAAUUCGAAGUAUUGUGCCAGUACCAUGACAUUUUCGCACUCUUGCAUAACAAGAAAGGAGGAGACCCAGUUAUCCAGUCCAACUUACCGUUAUUGGCUGGUCGUGAUGCAAGCCCAUUAAAUGUGUCGGUCUUCCCGACACAAGUACCCGAGAUCCUUCACAGACUUGCUUUAUUUGCGGGAUCUGAACGCUCGUCAACAUUUGGUUCAGCUAUCAGCGGCACGUUGUCAGUCUCGCUGUUAGAAAAACUGACAAAUGUCGGCAUCACAAAUCUGGGUCAGAUGGAUGCCUUGGAGGUGGAGAAGCAGACCCUUUCCAAGGCCUUGACUUUAUCUUCUCGGGAGAUUACUAUGGAUCAACAUAAGGUGCUGAAGCAGGUACUAUCAAAACUUGCUGUGGAGCUAGUGCUUGUUCAUAAGGAAUUCUUUGAGUCGCAGUCUCGAGAGAGACUGGUGACCAUCCUCCGUACUGUUGAAGAGCACGGUUGCUACGGCGAUUCAAAGUUGCUGGAUAUUCGUCUGGAAAAGAGUCUGCCGCACGACCACUAUUUUAAGACUUUUGCGGAACAAGAACUUCUAAGUAUUGCUGCGUUGCUGGCAACUAGCCAGCCACACGACAAUGAUAAGACUAUUCAGAACUCGGGAGCGGCUUUAGUUCAGCUAGCUGCGACCCUCCUGCGGCUCUAUGUCCCAGACAAGCCAUUCGAUCCAUCACUGGGGUUAGUUGUCCAAAGGCAAAGGCACAGCCAGCGUUCUUUGGAGCUUACUGCGAAGGCUGAUGCUAUUGCUUUGUUCGAAAUGGGGUUUUCUGGCCAAUCGUCGAACAUGCGGCAUGAACUCAUCCAGGGUGAAUUGCGUAAUCUUGGUUCAGCACCUCCUCCUUCAUCGGUUACCAGGCCACAAGUUUCAGAACUGAGCCUCCUUCACGGUGAAUUUACCAGUGUCAUAAAAUCUGUUCUUGAGAGGCUCCCUAAAAGCAUCAUCAACGCAACGAGUGAGAGUCCUUCUGAGUCUCAUAGUCUGGUGAAUCUAUUGCGUGAUAAUAUUCACCAGCUAAGUCGACGUCUUAGCGUACACUAUAGAUCAUAUGAUGACAUAGUUGUUCCUGUUGUUCGCUUCCUUCAAAUGCUGGACCUAGGACUUUUCCUGAUAUCAGGAAGACCCCAGCAGUCAAAGGAUGUGCAGGCGGUGGAUGCAAUUAGCAGGAAUACACCAUUCCUUGGAGGCAUUCGCCAUCCCCUCUCAGAUCUCUAUCACCUAGACUCAGAUACAAACUCGAAGCAUGUGAUUGAAAUGUGGUUCCAUGAACUGUCAUCGCUCAAGGUGGCCGAAAAUGCGGACCCGGGCCUUCUUCACACCAAAAAUGGGCGCAAUGCUCUCCGUCGUCUAUUCGAGCAGUUCCAUGGGUUAUGGAAGGCGAAGCUACGGGAGGAUCAGGAAGAAGAGGCACAAAAGGCGAGCCUAUAUCACUAUCGAGGAUCCUGGGAAGACAGUGAAGAGGUUGAUGAGAAUGAGCUCCGUGAGCUCUUCCCUACUUAUGAAGAGGACCCCGUCGGGAAUGAUAAGAAACCAAGUCGUCUUAACCCCAAAGAUAUCUCCAUUCGACUUGCGUCCCUCCACGCGAACCUCUUCCAACAGGAAGACACCGGGCGAGCCCUGACGGCAUACGUGAAACACUCUGCUCGACUGCUGGGGUCGUUAUGGCCCGAGGGCAGUACUUCUACGCCACAUGUGCAUCCAAAAGAGCAUCUUUCCGGUGUUCUCUUGUUGCUUGAAGAUGCAGUAGACGAGGACACUGAUUCAAGGAACAUGUAUAAUUUCUAUGUAGACGCAAACCCUGAUGAAGCUAGAAAGCUCGUUUCUUUGACAUUGGCGACGGAGUCCCGUUUCUUGCAGAUCCAGAGAGCCUGGCCAGAACAUGCAGUCCUUGCAGAUGUAAUCCUAUGCUGUAAGGAAGUUCUCCAGUUCAAGCAUGCUGAGCCUGUCGCCAAAUUCCUCACCAAAGUCGAAAAGCUCCACGGUCUCGUUCAUGAAUGGCAGCUUGUUGCAAGCAGGGAGUACUCGGCUGCUGGUGUUUACGACCAGAUCACGAGCCUGAUUAUCAAUUGGCGUCGUCUUGAGCUGUCGACCUGGGCAAGACUGCUGGAUAUUGAGAAAGAAAAAUGCGUUCAGGAAGUGAGCCAAUGGUGGUUUGUGGCCUACGAAGCGAUCAUUGCAGCACCUAUCCAACUGGCUGGCUCUGGUGAAGUGGACCUGAGCGAACAUACACAAGAAGUCAUCGCCACGCUGGAAAAUUUCUUCCGCUCAACCACCUUGGGUCAGUAUUGCGAGCGUCUGCGGCUUGUUAAGAACUUCCGGUCUCUGCUGUCACUUUACAUUCAAGACUUCCCUUCACUGAAGCAACUAGUGUCCGCACUAGACAACUUUAUCCAGCAUUACGUCCAGUUUGAGCCGCCGGUGCAAAAACUUCUCAAUGAGAGAAGGUCGGCACUUGAGAAAGACAUCAAGGAACAAAUCCAGCUCGCCAGCUGGAAAGACACAAAUAUUGUGGCCCUCAGGGAAAGUGCGAAAAGAUCGCAUCAUAAGCUGUUCAAACUUGUCAGGAAGUACCGAGAAAUUUUGGCUCAGCCUGCUCAGAAUAUCCUGGAACAGGAUAUGCCAGACCUCAAUGAAGUGCUUAGUUUCGCUGAUCAAACAUUGGUUCUUCCUUCAGCAAGUUUCCCAGAAGCAAUCGCCCAAUGCCAAAAGGCAGUCAAGCUCUGGGAGACCAGGCCGCCUCGAUUCAGGGAUCCUGACAGCACCGUUAGCAACAUGGCUCAUAUGUAUGUGUCGAUCUCGACAGAGUUUGACAUCUCGGAAGAUCUUGACAGCUUCAUGAAGUUCUUUUUGGAAAGCAUCAACGAGUUCCGAUCUCAAACGCCAAAGACCUUGACUGAGGAAAACAAAGACGACGUACAACAUCUCAAGGUUCAAAAGCGACGCUUCUAUGCUGAUAUUCUUCGGCGGUUACUAGAAAUGGGUGUCAAACGUAGUGCUAGCACUAGCUUGAUUGAAACACAAGCAUCUGUUGCGCAAGUUCUUGCCAGUAGCCCGACUCUGGACUUUGGUUCUAUAGCAACCAAUGUUGUCAAAAGCGCCGAUCUUUACUUCCACAAGUUCCUGGAUAUCCUCCCACGCGUUCGCCAAGCAGCACAUAAUUACUCCGAAGACCUCAGCAACGUUGAAGUAUCAAGAAGUUCAGGGUCCGUUGAGCACCUGUUGCAUCUGGUUAGGAAGCAGAGGGCAGCUAUCUCUCCAGCACUCUCUGGUGUGGAAUCGUUCCAGUCAACGCUUGUAAAGAUUUCCAACCUUUGGCAAGCUAACCCUACCUCAGUCCUCAAGUCACGCCCUCAGUUUUCGAAUGAGGUCCGGGAUACUGCAAGAGCCGUAGCCUGGCUAACGCCUAUACUUGGACUAGCCAUGACGGUUGUAGAAAUACAUGCCAAAUUCUCCGACAUACAGUCAUCUAACAUUGUUGACGGUCUACGUGCCUGGAAAGAAGCUUUUGAUAGGCUGCGAAAGUCGCUGGGAAAUCUUCCGCACUUACCUCAUGGCGUAACUUCAAAACUACAUGAAGAGACUCUGAAGGAAGCAUCGUCUUCCUUUGAUAAGCUGAACCAUGACCUUGCAAGCUGGGCUGAGAGCCGGCCUGACCUGUCUUUUGUCCUGAUGCAGAUAACCCCAUGGGCCAAUGUCGAUGUCGAGCCAGCCGAGGUGCUGCAGACUAAGAGUCUCCUCGCUAUUGGGGACUUCGAUGGCAAUCUACUUGUAGCAAUCGACAAAAUCCUUAUUAGCCUCCAGAAGCUGAAGGACGUGCCUUCCCUAAUCGUAUCGCCCGGCUCACUCUCACGGAGUGACGAGUUCUUUACCAGGGCUCUAAAGGCCGUUCACCUGCCUGAUAUCACAGCCUCACUGGACUCGGUUUUGAAUGAGCUGCAGUUCCUCCAGACGAGCUCCAAGUCUGGACUUGCUCUUGCCGUUUCAUUAGUUGCAAGCUUGUUACCUAUUAUGAACAAAUAUCGCAACAUAUGCAAGGACAUCGUCGAUCGCUACAUGACAGUGCAUCGUGAGACAUGCAAAAUGUCAUAUAUUCUCGCCAAAUCGUUCAUACAGAUCGCGUCUGAGGGAUUCUGCACUCCCGCAGAGGCGUCCACGGAAGAAAGCAAACCUGGCAAGUUGGAGAGUGGAACCGGCCUCGGUGAUGGCCAAGGGGCCGAAGAUAUCAGUAAAGAUAUUGGCGAUGAUGAAGACCUGUCAGAGCUCGCUCAACAGGAACAAAAUGAAGAGCCUACAGAAGACAUGGACGAUUCAGGAGACGCAGUGAAUAUGGAUCAAGAAGAGUUGCGUGGGGAGACAGGCGAGCAUAAAGAAGGAGACGAUGAAGACAACGACGGAAGUGGAUCGGAAGAGGAAGAUAACAUUGAUGAGGAAGUGGGCAGUGUUGGCGGCCUUGAGGACACUGCCGUCGAUGAAAAGAUGUGGGAUGGCGCUCAUGAUGAAGAGCAAAAGGAGACAGAAAACCAAGAGGGUAAAGGAGUGACUGAGUCCGAAGAACAAGCAGCAGCAGAAGAGCGUAAGGAGAAGGAAGGAGAAGGGGGAGAGGGAAAGAACGACGAGGCCGAAGAGGAAGAGGAAGAGGAGGAAGAAGAAGAUGCCCCUGAUGAUGAAGGAGAGGCUGUUGGACGCGAGGAGAUGGAUGUUACGGAUCCUCAUGCCAAGGAACAGGACGCUCUCGAUCUUCCAGAAGAGAUGCAACUUGACGGCAAUGAAAUGGAUAAAGACGAGGUGGAGAGCGGCGAUGGACUCGACGAUGGACUCGACGAUGAUCUUCCUCCUGCCGAAGAUGAGCAACCGUUCGAAGGAAAAGAGGAAGAGAAGGUUGAAAACGCCGAUUUGGAUCAACCGGCAGAGGAGCAAGAGGGCGAUCAGAAUGAAGACGCGGGCGAGGACCAAGAAAUGAAAGAAGCCGAAGCAGAAGAGUCGAAUGAGCCUGGGGAAGAACCGGAAGAGACUGAACAAGAUGACUUCUUGGCUCAACGCGACGAAAACGAAGCAGAAGGCGAAGAAGUGGCACCAAGCGAAGCUGUUAAUGGCGGACUCGGUGCGGACCAAGACCAAAAUAUGGAGCAAGGCGCCUCUGGCAAUGCAGAGCAGGAGAGUGGCUCAGCUGACCAGUCUGAUGAUAAGCAACGAAAAACUGGAGCUGCCAAUGAAGGAGAAGAUAACGAGCGGCAUAGAGAUGCAGGCGGUGGUGACGAUGCCAACCACAAUGACCCUCAGUUGCAAGCGUUCAAGAAGAUGGGUGACAUUCUCGAACAGUGGCAUCGCCGACAGAAGGAGAUCAUGGAAUCUUCUAAACAGGAAGAGAACGAGGCCGACCAGCCUCUGCCUCAGGAUACCGACAUGGCUGACGCCAAUUUCGAGCAUCUUGCUGACCAAGAUGAUGUCGCUGAUACCCAAGCGCUUGGUCAGGCUAAUGAGGAUCAAACACAAGCUCUUGAUCAGAACAAGGGCGUCGAAUCGGAUGUCAAACCUGGUGACAACGAACCUUUGCCGGACAUGACCGAGGAGCCCCAGGAGACCUUAGAGAAUAAGAUGGAAGAUGAAAUGCAGCUGGAUGGCGAUAGUGCACCUAAGGAUCAAACCGCUGGUGCCAUGAUCCCGGGAAGCUCGCACACUCAGGAACGGACAACUGAAUCCGUUGGCCAUCACGAAGCCAUUGAAGAACUCGAUGAGGUCGACGCACAAUUAGCAGCAAUCCAUCUAUCGUCCUCUCUCCCACCACUUACGCCCCGGGACGAAGCCCAACGACUCUGGUCCCAUUACGAAUCUGCCACCAAUGAUCUCUCUCUCUCCCUAACAGAACAGUUGCGUCUCAUCUUAGCUCCGACGAUGGCAACAAAACUGCGUGGCGAUUUCCGGACAGGAAAGCGACUAAACAUCAAGCGCAUUAUUCCUUACAUUGCGUCGCAGUACAAGCGCGAUAAGAUUUGGAUGCGGCGGUCAAUUCCUUCCAAGCGCAACUACCAAAUCAUGCUUGCUGUGGACGACAGUAAGUCUAUGUUAGAGAGUGGAAGUGGCCAAUUGGCAUUCGAGACACUUGCACUCGUCGCCAAGAGUCUUAGCAUGCUUGAAGCCGGAGAUCUGUGUGUCCUCGGGUUCGGCAGCGAGGAUCAUGUCAGAGUCGCACACGAGUUUGGCAAGCCAUUCUCUUCGGAAGCAGGAACACAGGUGUUCCAGCACUUCAGUUACCAGCAAACCGGCACGAACGUGCGGAAGUUGAUUGCUGAUUCGAUCGCUCUGUUCCGCGAAGCUCGCUGGAAGCAGUCGCCUGGAGGAGGCAACGCUGACCUUUGGCAACUGGAGCUCAUCAUAUCCGAUGGUAUUUGCGAGGACCAUGAAACCAUUCAACGCCUUGUGCGACAGGCUCAGGAGGAGCGUAUCAUGAUUGUGUUCAUCAUUGUCGAUGCUGUCAAGGGCAGCUCGAUCUUGGAUCUCACUCAGGCAAGCUUUGAGCCUGACACUGAGAGCGGCACCGGAGAGAUGAAGUUGAGAAUGAAGAGAUAUCUAGAAGGAUUCCCAUUCCCUUACUAUCUGGUUGUGCGUGACGUUAGGGAGUUACCAGCUGUUUUGGCUACGGCGUUGAAGCAAUGGUUUGCGGAGGUUGUUGAGACCUCUUCUUAAAAGUUACAUACUCAUUAUUUUUUUCCUUUUCUGUUUUUGGUUAUGGUUAUAGAAAAGAGCGUUUCCGUUUUAUAUGUAUAUAUUUUGUUCAUGUAUGUAGUUGCGGAUACUAGGUCUACUAUACCGAGCUUCUUCCUACUGUUAAUGGUCGUUGGUGUAAUCUGGCUUAUACAGUUUUAGAGGGACAUAGUAGUUUCCUACUAUACUAUUUUCCAUGAAGUAACCUAUUCUCGAUAUAG